AGAGAAGACAGCAUCCUUGCUCCUGCCUGACAUAUUCUGUUGGAGAGCGUCCAUCUAAGAGGAAUGGCAGCAAUAGUUACUGGGCUUAUCCCAAUCCUCCGCACUGCAGUGGACACCACCACCACCUACAAAGGGCGCACAGUGUGGUUUGGCUUCCUCUGCAUUCGCCUUGUGACCCUUUUUUUGGCUCAAAUGCCCUGGUUCAAGCUCGAGUCGGAUUUCAGCUGCAAUGUCACCACUGACGGCUUGUGUACCAGAGCUUGCUUUAACUGGCACUUUGACAAGCCUUCUGUAAUGGCUUGGAACUUCCUCUUUGUCCUGCUCCUCCUCUCUGUUCUCCUAAUGGAAAUGUUAACGGCCCACUUACGCUCCAUUUUUCAGAAGAAGAGUGCCAGGGAGAAAAGUGGGGGGGAGGCAGAAUCCCAGGAAGAACCAACAGGUGCGAGUGGGUUUACCACCAACUCAGCAGGGUUGGCCCUAGACAUGCACAGAAGCAGAAAAACUGUGAUAUUUUACCUCUUCAGCGUGGUGCUCCGGAUUACUGUGGAGAUUUGGUUUGUGUAUGUUUUGCUUUAUUGGAACCUGCCUAAAUUGUCCCCAACCAUGUUCCUGUGUAACGUGACUGGGUGUCCAAAGCAGCGAUGUGUGGUGAGGGCGGCAGCGGAAAAGUGCAUGUCUAUCUAUGCUCUCUUGUCCAUUUCUGCCCUGGUCAUCAUCAUCAGUAGUGCAUUCUGUGUCUACUUCAUUGCCCACUACUUCUGUAACUUCUGUACCCAGAGCUCUUAGAAUGCGCAACUCUGAGGUCUUGCUAGGGUGCCUCUAGAGCACAUGAACAAGUUCUGUUCUGUUCUUUUUGCUAGAAUAAUCAUUUCAUUUCAGUGUUACCAUUGUAUAAAUGGUGUACUUGAGAAAAGAACAUGUUUUUGACAUGCCACUUGUCAAAAUGUGUAAUUGUCAUGCAUUGUAAAAUUUGCAAAUAUUCUAGUGAAAACCGUUACAGUGUGAUAAGUUUUGCCUUGCGCUAACCAUGGUGUUUCUGACCCAGGCACUUCUGUGUUUUGUGGUUAAGGUGUAAAGGCUUUCUUUCUCUCUCUCUCUCUCUCUC